GUAGUAGCGGAGAUAGAUUCGUAAACAAAACGAAGUUCCGCUAUUUUUUGAAGUUUUCACUGUUGAAAUCGAUCAAAUAUCUCCCGGAGUAACUUAGUUUAAUAUACAAACACAUCGUUGCGUUGUGCGUGUACUCGAAAAAUGGAUUCAAGAAGCCAAAAGCUCGAACAGCAGCGUCAAAUAAUGGAGAACAAAAUGAAACAAAAACGAAUGACGUCUGGUAUGAUACAAGCCUCAGAUAUUAGAAACAAUUCAGCCAAAAUUAGAUGUAAUAGUGGAAAUAAAAGAGAAUUACACGGGUAUGAUGGGCCUUUACAAUAUUCAAUGAGCCUUGACAAUAAUCCUGAUCAGGUUAUAUCUGUAAUGUCAAGUGCUGAAAGUGUUGAUGAUAUUGUGGAAGAUUUAACCACAGGAAAUCCCGAUUUAAUGGAUGUAGAAGACGAUGAAUCCUCUCCAGUGACAGCUACCACACCAAGUAAUGGCAAUGUUCCUAUUAACCCCAUUGCAGAUAAACCCAAUUUUAUUAAUCAAAAUAAUGGGAAUACCGAAAUCGAAGGCAAUAUUGAGGGUAACGUGGAAAAAUUCGUCCUACAGCCGGCCCACUUAAAAGUUUUAUAUAAAUGUAGGAUAACCAGGGACAGAAAGGGUAUGGACCGAGGAUUGUACCCCACAUAUUUUUUGCACUUGGAACGGGACUAUGGAAAGAAAGUGUUCCUUCUAGCUGGUAGGAAACGAAAAAAGAGUGCGACCAGUAACUACCUCAUCAGUACUGACCCCACUGAUCUUUCCAGAGGUGGCGACGCAUUUGUUGGUAAAUUACGUUCGAAUUUAUUGGGUACACAAUUUACAAUAUUCGAUAAUGGAGUGUCGCCUAGGAAGGCAAAUUUUAAAGAAGGAGCGACUCCGAGGCAGGAAUUGGCAGCGGUGAUGUACGACACUAAUGUUUUGGGCUUUAAAGGACCGCGAAAGAUGACCGUUUUACUUCCGGGUAUGGUUGACGAGGAACGGGUUGCCAUACAUCCUCAGGACGACAGUGAGGGUUUAAUAGAAUCCUGGAAAGCGAAAAAUACUUCAAAUAUGAUUGAGCUUCAUAAUAAGACUCCUGUAUGGAACGACGAAACUCAAUCGUAUGUGUUGAAUUUCCACGGACGAGUGACGCAGGCGUCAGUCAAGAAUUUUCAAAUUGUGCACGACAGCGACACUGAGUACAUCGUUAUGCAGUUUGGUCGUGUUGCGGAGGACAUCUUUACCAUGGACUAUAGGUAUCCAUUAUGUGCAUUCCAAGCAUUUGCAAUAGCCCUGAGCAGUUUUGAUAGUAAAUUGGCCUGUGAAUAAGGCUAUAACAAAUAUAUUUCAAUGUGCCUCAAAAACGUAAUGAUAAUUGAGCUUAUGUCCACUUAAGUAUGAUUUUAUGCCUAUCAUUUUCGUAUUUCACUAUGUUACGUGUGAAAUCAAAAUUUUUUGUAGAUUUACAGUUUGUUAAUUUAAUGCUUUUUUAUUACUGUUCAACUGUGAUACAAUUUGUCAAUAUACUUAUUUGGAAUUAUUACCAGAAACCAGUGGAUUUGUUAAUAAAUAUUAAUGUGUAUUAAAUAUUUAAGAUUGGAGGAAAACUGAAUAAGAUAUCUUUGUUAUUAUUUUUUAAUAAUAUAUUUACAUAUUGAUAUGAUAAAGGAUAAAUCUAAGUAUUAAAGAUUCUAUUCAAACAAAUUCCCUCCGUUUUUCCUCAAUAGAAGUAUUCAGUGCAUUUCGUUUAUCUCCAAUCAAUCGUUGUUGUUAAAUACCAGCUUUAGAUGUUGUAGACUGCAACAGACAUUCUGUUAUAGGUAGCCUAAAAUAAUGUCAGGGUGUCGCAAAACAGUUCAAUUAAAAAUGUUUCUAGUCGUUUUUUAGUAUUUUUAUAUUUUUAAUUUUUUUGCUUAGACCAUAGUUUAAGGUAUAUCACUAUUAAUUGAUAAGUACUGAUUUUAUUCAAGGAAUUGAGGUAUUUUGAUAAUGUUUGAACACCCAGAAAAAAUCAUAAAAAAUACUACUGUGUCAUGUAUUGCCUUAUAUUUUGCCUUAAUCAUUUAGUUAGUGUUUGAUAUAUUUGCACUAUAUAUCAAUUAAACAGAAGCAAUACUUUUUUAUAAAAUACUAUUUUAGAAUGUUAACAUACAAUUUGACUCUUAUUUAUUUCUAUAAUUUUAUGUAUUUAUUGUGUCUGUUUAAUUGUUAGUAAAUUUAUAAAAUUUGCAUACUUAACGAAUGUUGUGUCUUAAUAUAAGAUUGAUGUUCACAUUUUAUCUAGAAUAAUUUAGUGUAUUAUACUAAGUAUUUUCUAAGUUAGUGUAUAUGUAUAUUUUUGUAAGUUUUCUAUUUUUUCGGUGAAUAUUUAGUAUAAUAUAAAUAUUUUAUUAAAUUUUGGUGUGUUCAAGAAACAUAUUUAGGAAUAUUAAAACAUCGAAAACGUUCGAACCCAAUCAGUAUUCGUAUGUACAUUUUUGUAAUUAUAGGUGUACCAUUACAAUUUAAGAAUAAGAGCUCAGGUUUUUUUGAUAAAACUCACAAUUUUGAUUGCUAAUAUACACUUAUCAAAUAUCUGUGAAUCAAAGAUCACACAUUUACACAUUUUAUUGUUGUGAAUUUAUGAUUUUCAAAAUCAAAAAUUAUGCACAUUUAGUGAAACUUAUAAAAUAAAUUAAAUUAAAAUGUAUCCUCACUUUAAAUUACCACAAAAUACUAGUUUAUUACAUUUACACAUAUAUAAAAUUAAUAGUUUGAGAUUUAUUUUCUUAUAUUUACAGUAUAAUUUUUAAUUUUUGUUAUGAGAAUUAAUAAUGAGGUUAUAAAAAUUUUUAAUUUUAUUAUUUAUUACAAUUUUAUUUUUUGAACUUGGUUUUAUGUAUGUAAUUAUUAAUAUUCAUAAAUGAUCCACUAAAAUAUUAAAUCAAAUUUCAGAAUUUUUGCUUCAGUGGUGGUAGUUAAUUUUAAUUCUAAUUCCAUCCAAAUCAUUCCAGAGUGUUCUAUUUAUAAACAAUGUAAUUUUACAAAACUACACUUUUUUAUAAUAAAUUCUCUAUUGUACAUGAAUUUGGAAAAUUUACUAAAAAAUAUUUUUUUUAUAUUAAAUUUAAAAUUUAUGAUCUCAAAAUAUACGCUUAAAUUUUAAUUGUUCAAGUUGCCUAUUCAUUUCAGAAAGGUUUCUUUCUGCAGGCGUAACAAAAAGUUGUAGUUAUUGCUCAAUUUUAAAAACACAAUAGUGGCGUCAUUCUUAAGGCUCAUUCAAAUUUUUGUACACAAAAUGUAAAAAUAAAAAUGUCACCAAUGAA